GCGUCCCAGGAUUUUCGUCAUGACUCUUAAAUCUGGGCUUGUCAGUUCGACCCAGCGUUCCUGGUCUCUAGGAACAUCAUGGGACUUUCAAAGUUUAGCCAAUCACAUAACGUUGAGAUCAGGUUGCCAGGCAGAUUAUGCUAAUAAGACCCCGCCUUUUAUGCAGCUCCCACUCUGCGGCGGGAAGAACCACCUGGAGGCGGCGGGGGGGUUUGAUUUCCAUCACCCCUAGGGAGAGAGGAUCCGGGACCCACUGAUCUUCCAGCUCCCCUCACCCAACGUCGUGGUGCUUCGGAGACCUUCCUGCCCUGCAUGAGCACCUGUGUACAGGGCAUACAGCACAGAUGAGUGCUCUCUGUCCUGUGCUGCUGCUGUCGGUGGUCUAGACUCGGAGCUGCCCAACAAGGAGAAGAUGGAUCCCAAAGAUGAAAGCGCUCAUGUGUGGCCAACGUCUGCAGACCACGAACAGAGCACUGCACAGGUGCACUUUGUUCCGGAUGCCGGAACUGUGGCUCAGAUUGUAUACACUGAUGACCAAGUCCGUCCACCCCAGCAGGUGGUGUAUACAGCAGAUGGUGCCUCCUACACAUCAGUGGACGGUCCAGAACACACACUGGUGUACAUCCACCCUGUGGAAGCUGCACAGACUCUGUUUACAGAUCCAGCCCAGGUAGCUUAUGUCCAACAGGAUGCCACAGCUCAACAGCAGGUGCUGCCUUCCAUUGAGAGUGUGGAUGGUUCUGAUCCUCUGGCAACUCUGCAGAACCCCAUUGCCAGACUAGAUGCAAAAGAGGAAGAGGAAGAAGAAGAGGAUGAGGAUGAGGAUUCAGAGGAAGAGGAAGAAGAGGAUGCUGAAGACACGGAUGUGGAGGACUGGCAGCCUGACCCACCCCGGCCUUUUGACCCCCAUGAUUUGUGGUGUGAGGAGUGUAACAAUGCACAUUCUUCUGUGUGUCCAAAGCAUGGCCCCUUGCAUCCGAUCCCUAACCGGCCUGUGCUCACCCGGGCAAGAGCGAGUCUGCCUCUGGUCCUCUACAUAGAUAGGUUCCUUGGAGGAGUGUUCUCCAAAAGACGGAUUCCUAAGCGCACCCAGUUUGGCCCAGUGGAGGGGCCGCUGGUCAGGGGAUCGGAGCUGAAAGAUUGCUACAUUCAUCUCAAGGUUUCUCUUGAUAAAGGAGACAGAAAAGACAGGGAUUUGCAUGAAGAUCUGUGGUUUGAGUUGUCCGAUGAGACCCUUUGUAACUGGAUGAUGUUUGUACGCCCAGCCCAGAACCACCUAGAACAGAACCUGGUAGCUUACCAAUAUGGCCACCAUGUGUAUUAUACAACAAUAAAGAACGUGGAGCCCAAGCAGGAACUGAAGGUGUGGUAUGCUGCGUCCUAUGCUGAGUUCGUGAAUCAGAAAAUCCAUGACAUAUCUGAAGAAGAAAGGAAAGUUCUUCGAGAGCAAGAGAAGAAUUGGCCGUGCUAUGAGUGCAAUCGGCGGUUUAUCAGCUCAGAGCAGCUGCAGCAGCACCUCAAUUCUCAUGAUGAGAAACUAGAUGUGUUUACCAGAACAAGAGGGAGAGGAAGGGGUCGAGGCAAGAGGAGAUUUGGUCCUGGCCGGCGGCCAGGGCGUCCUCCAAAAUUUAUUCGUUUGGAAAUCACCAGUGAGAAUGGGGAAAAGAGUGACGAAGGAACACAGGUACUGGGCUCUGAGGAGCUCCUGUCCACACUCAUCUGUCUUGGGACACAGGACUUGCUACAUUUCCCCACAAAGGAGCAGUUUGAUGAGGCGGAACCAGCUGCUCUGAACGGACUAGAUCAGCCAGAACAAGCGUCCAUCCCAAUUCCUCAGCUGCCACAGGAAACCCCAUCUUCUCUGGAGCAGGAACCAGAAACUCACACCUUGCACCUGCAGCCACAGCAAGAAGAGAGCCUCAUGCCUACGCAGACCACUCUGACAGCCGAUGACAUGCGCAGGGCCAAACGCAUCCGAUUGGAGCUGCAGAACGCAGCUCUUCAGCAUCUGUUUAUCCGGAAGUCCUUCCGGCCUUUUAAAUGUCUACAGUGUGGGAAGGCCUUCCGGGAAAAGGACAAACUGGACCAACACUUGCGCUUCCAUGGGCGGGAGGGGAACUGCCCGUUGACCUGUGAUCUCUGUAACAAGGGCUUCAUCAGCAGCGCCUCCUUGGAGAGCCACAUGAAGCUCCAUUCGGACCAGAAGACUUACUCUUGCAUUUUUUGCCCAGAAUCCUUUGACCGCCUUGAUUUGUUGAAAGAUCAUGUGGCCAUUCAUGUCAAUGAUGGCUACUUCACCUGUCCAACUUGUAAGAAACGGUUCCCAGAUUUUAUCCAGGUGAAAAAGCACGUGCGAAGCUUCCACUCUGAAAAGAUCUACCAGUGUACGGAGUGUGACAAGGCCUUCUGUCGCCCUGACAAGCUGAGACUGCACAUGCUCCGGCAUUCCGACCGCAAGGACUUCCUGUGUUCCACCUGCGGGAAGCAGUUUAAGCGAAAAGACAAACUCCGGGAGCACAUGCAAAGGAUGCAUAACCCUGAGAGGGAGGCCAAGAAAGCUGACCGCAUCAGCCGUUCCAAGACCUUCAAACCACGAAUCACAUCCACAGACUACGACAGCUUCACGUUCAAGUGCCGCCUGUGCAUGAUGGGCUUCCGGAGGCGAGGCAUGCUGGUAAAUCACUUAUCAAAGAGGCAUCCAGACAUGAAGAUAGAAGAGGUGCCUGAGUUAACCCUACCCAUCAUAAAACCCAAUCGAGAUUACUUUUGUCAGUAUUGUGAUAAGGUUUAUAAGAGUGCCAGCAAGCGCAAAGCCCACAUCCUGAAGAACCAUCCAGGAGCUGAACUCCCACCAAGCAUUCGGAAACUUCGUCCUGCUGGCCCUGGAGAGCCUGACCCUAUGCUGAGCACCCACACCCAGCUGACCGGUACCAUUGCCACCCCUCCUGUCUGCUGCCCACACUGCUCCAAGCAGUAUAGUAGCAAGACCAAGAUGGUGCAGCAUAUUCGAAAGAAACAUCCAGAGUAUGCCCAGCUUCCCAACACUAUCCACACGCCACUGACGACAGCUGUGAUCAGCGCCACUCCAGCUGUCUUAACGACAGAUAGUGCCACUGGAGAGACUGUGGUGACAACAGACCUGCUGACUCAGGCAAUGACAGAACUGUCCCAGACCUUAACAACGGAUUACCGAACACCUCAGGGGGACUACCAAAGGAUUCAGUAUAUCCCGGUGUCUCAGUCGGCAUCUGGUCUGCAGCAACCUCAGCACAUACAGUUGCAAGUGGUGCAGGUGGCUCCGGCCACUUCCCCACAUCAGUCUCAGCAGUCCACUGUGGACGUUGGCCAGCUGCAUGAUCCUCAGACCUACACGCAGCAUGCCAUCCAGGUGCAGCACAUCCAGGUCACAGAGCCCACCCCUGCGGCUCCAUCAGCAGCCCAGGUAGCUGGGCAGCCAUUGAGCCCCUCUGCUCAACAGGUACAGCAGGGGCUCAGCCCCUCCCAUAUCCAAGGCAGUUCUUCCACACAAGGGCAGGCUCUACAACAGCAGCAGAAUUCCUCUGUACAACACACAUACCUCCCCAGUGCUUGGAACUCCUUCCGUGGUUAUUCAUCUGAAAUUCAAAUGAUGACACUGCCCCCAGGCCAGUUUGUGAUCACAGACAGUGGUGUGGCAACCCCGGUUACUUCUGGCCAAGUGAAAGCAGUCACUCCGGGUCAUUAUGUGUUAUCAGAAAGCCAGCCAGAAUUGGAGGAAAAGCAAGCCUCUGCUCUCUCCGGAGCAGUCCAGGUUCAGUCCUCUGCACACAGUGACUCCCUGGACUCCACAGGCCCCAGCCAACAGCAGACCACACAGUACAUCAUCACAACCACCACCAAUGGCAAUGGGGGCAGCGAAGUGCACAUCACCAAGCCGUAGCCUUCAUCCUGCAGCUGGAGUCCAGAGCUCAUGCCACAAGUUCUCCUUCAGAAUCUGAAGCUCCAGACACCUCAACCUCUUUUUAAAGAUUUAUUACUCUCUCAAGAGUUUGGAAACUGCAGUUUUGACACACAUAGACCAAGGGUGAUAUUUGCCAAGGUCAUCUUUACUCAAUUGACUCUUCAUACCCUUGGGAUUUCUGCCAUGGAAUGCAGCUCUUUCAGGGGAAAGUGAACUUCUAGAUGGAGAAACUUGCGCCUUGCUCUUGAGCUGGUUUUGUUUUGUUUUUGUUUUUGAACACACUGACAAGCCUUACUUUCCCUUCGUGGAAAUACUCAGUGGCUGGUAUUAUGUUCAUACCAAAGGUGGAGACAGGAUGUACCAAGUCCGUGGCCACUGGACUUCUGAAACUCAAGCUAUGGCAUCAAAAGAGAAGGAACAUUUAUUUCAUGGGUCUGAUUAGGUCAGGACCACUAUAUCUCAUGCAUUUGAGUUUUCAGUAAUUUUAACAAAGGCAGCUGAGGGAAAAAAUUAAAAUAAGAUAAAGGUUUGAUGGUGGUGCUCUGAAUGAAGCUAUCAUCUAAAUUUUUCUUAUUGCUGACCUCUCUCUCUCUCUCUCUCUCAUAUGGGGUCUCACUCUGCUGCCCAGGAUAGCCCUGAGCGCAUGGGCUCAUGGGAUCCUCCUGCCUUAGCCUCCCAAGUAGCUGGGACUACAGUCAGGCACUGUCAUGGCAGUUGUUUUUAAACUACCUUGUUUUGGAAAACCUACUGGGCAGCAGCAGUCCUCCCCACAGAUGCUGACCGCAGGCAAAUCUGGCCUCACGAUCCUCAAGCAUAGACUCCCUGUAAGACAAAAGGUUGCAUGAUCUGAACAGGAUUUGAGCACCUUUGUUAAAGCUCUGCCUCCAGGCUUCUGCUUAUAUGUAGCUGUGUUUAAGAAGGAGAUAUAGUUCUACGAAAAAUAUAAAUUGUAUAUAUAUGUACAGACAUAUAUAUAUAUACACAAAUACGUAUACACUUAAGGAGAGAGAGACAGACAGACAGACAGAACUGAAGCCUUGUCCUGCCUUGCAGGAUCCACAUACUGUUCACCUGUAAAGGAUGAGUUCCUUACUCAUACAUACAUAAACUCAGGUGUUUAUGUAUAACACUUUUGUGUGUGAUGCUAGGAAUCAAACCCAGGGCCUCUUGCAUGCUAGGCAGGUUCCCCACCACUGAGUUACAACUCCAGCCCCACCUCACACUCUGGUUCACAGCAUUGGAUGUAUUUUAGUACUUUUGAUGCUGUCUUAAAAAUGAAGAUUCUUUAAGGUUGGGUAGGAAGGUAGCCUUUCUUACGUUAAACUUUAAGCCUAUUGUAACUCACCCAGACCUUGAUAUAAGAUGACCAAUUUCCCACUGAGGGCAAAAAUAAAAAUAAAGGGACCAUUGUAAUAGUCUGAGGUACAGGGAUGGGUGUGAAGGAAUAUUAACGCAGUUAGUUCUGAGAGGAACGCAGUUGUCUGUGUGAUAGUGGUCUUCUAUGUGUUCCUGUUUGGGAGUCGUGUUUGCUGUGAAUCUAGUGGGGAAGUGUCACCCUUUUUUACUACGCAUUCCAGUUGUACCCAUAAGACAUCUUCAAAGCCUGUAUUUUAACAACUUUUGUGACAUAUAUUUAAAAAUAAUUAUUGUAGAGUGAAUUUAUCACUCCAGAUCAGGGAGACCUAAGUUCAUUUCAAAUGAAGUUAACUAAUUUAUUUUAUUUACAUUUCUAAGGAAAAACUGGGUCUAUGGUUUAAGAAAUAGAGUAACUUCUGGGUGGUAAAGAUGCCUUCCUGAAAAGUAAUCAUUUGGUUUGAAGUCACUUUAUUUAUUAUGUAGAGCCUGCACUUUCCUCUUGGGAUCUCAUUCAUAGACUAGGUCUGAAGAUUUGGGCAUGAAAAGAACCUGGGAAAAUUACCUCAAAAAAUGUGUGGAAACUGAAAAUGGACUCUGAAUCUUUGCCAACAAAAAAGUAACAAUAAUUUCAACAUGAAAUGUUGACUGUAGUCACAAAAUGCAAGACUCUGUUCCCCAAAGUUCUGUGGUGUAACUGUCUCGGGUUUUCUAAAAGACCUGUAGUGUUGUAACUAUCCCAGGGUCUCAUCCAGAGAGACUUAGAAGGUAAAGAGUAGUAGACCAUCUCAAAGGUAAAGUUUGAGUUUUUGUAAUUUAUAUUUGCCCUGCUGGAGCUGGGUGUGUGGGAGUGCACACCUUUAAUCCAGCACUUGGGAGGCUGAGGCAGGCCUGUCUUUGAGUUGGAGGCCACUCCUACAAAGAGUUCAAGGACAGCCAGGGCUACACAGAGAACCCCUGACUUGAAAAAACUACACAAGUAAAUAAACAAAUUUGACCUGUUGGAUUCAUUUUAAUAUGAGCCAGCAACGUGUCUCCCCUCUUCUCAGGAAUAGCCCGGUGAUUAAAAUAAAGCCAAUCACUGAAGGAAUGUUGGUUUUAUGCCAGUUAUUUUUAACUUUUAAAAUACACAGAGGAAAAUAUUAUAGAAGGACCUUUUCAUCUCUUUCUCCUUUUUUGGUCCUUAUAUGGAAUAAGUAAAUUCCAGAACAUAUACCAUCACUGUUCUAAGAUCAGGUAUUUUAUGAAAUUUAUCCCAAGGUGACAGAAGAGAUGGCAAAGUGUAAUCCCUCUGACAACCCAAUCUGGGAAACAUGGCCAAGGUUUCUAUGGUAAUUUCCUUCUCCCAGAUACAUCGACACUGUAGACUGCAUUCAUUACAGUGGGAAUAUUUUGAAGUGGGUUGGAUGUAGAUUUUUUUUUUUUACAUUUUUAUUGUUUAGUUUGUGCUCAGAAAAAUGGUUAUUUCAUCAUGUAACAUUCCUAUUUUUCUGGAAAGACUUCUGUUUUGAUGUUCUUGAAUUAUUUUCUGACCUGGAAUUAUCCUUUCAAAAAAAAAAAAUUCUUAAAAUAUCUAGAGCUGAAAAGCACCUAAUGAGAAGCUGAAGCUGGCCCACUGGUUGAAAGUAUUGAUUCUAUCUUGUUAUUUAAAUGUGAACAUUUAUUGUAUAUUCAGUGAGUUAUAGUGUUAAUAGUCUUGUGCUACCCAGCAGGUGUAAAAAAUUAAUAAAUAUUUUUUUAAUAAG